UCCGAGCGGCCUGUUCUCCUCAGAUCAGCAGCAGCAGCAGCGCUGUGUCUCCCAGCCUCACAACUUUCCCCCUGCGGAGCUCCAGCGCAGAUAUACUCCACUAUACUCAGCUAUACUCUAAUAUACUGCAUUCUACACUACUAUACUACAUUCUGCACAUGAGCCCGGGCCUGUCUUCUUCGAUCUCAUGACCCAACAGGAGCAGCUGGAGUUCAAGGAGAGUUAUGAGGAUGCUCUGCUGUGGAUGCAGGCGGUGCAGGAGAGGCUGCGGCUCAAUGACAACACCCAGGGUCCCCGAGCGGCGCUGGAGGCCCGGCUGAGAGAGACCGAGAAAAUCCGUGAGUCGGAGCAGGACGGGCGUCUGAAGAUGGACGUGGUUCUGGUUUCUGCAGAGUCUCUGCUGAAGAACGGAGACGAAGAGAUGAAGAACCAAACUCACUCCAAACUGAAGGAGCUGAAGUCUCUGUGGGACGAGACGUCCACCUACAUCAUCCACUGCCACAGCCGUAUCGAGUGGGUAUGGCUGCACUGGAGCGAGUAUCUGAAGGCGUAUGAGGAGUUCAGUAUGUGGCUGGUGAAGACGCAGAGGACGCUGGAGCCGCAGCUGGAGCUGCAGCUGGGUCUGCGGGAGAAGCUGUGGCAGCUGGAUCAUCACCUGGUGCUCUGCAGUGAUGUGAAGGCCCAGAGUCAGUUCCUGGAGAGGCUGCUGGACGAAGCCGCCGCCCUUUACAACCGAACGCAGGACACCAGCGUGGACGAACACGCCCAGGACAAGCUGCAGGACGCCUACAACAACAUCCGCACCAAAGCUGAGGAGAGGCUGGUUCUGGUUCAGAAAGUGUCAGAAGAGCACCAGCAGCUCCAGCAUCACGUUCAUGAGUUUCAGAAGUGGCUGGUGGUGAAGACGGAUGAAGUGAGCCGCUUCACAGAGCUGGAGGACACUACAGAGAAUAGACUGCAGGCCCUGCAGGAUCUGGAUGUGAGUGUAGCUCAUGAGGAGCAGACUCUGCAGUAUAUUGAGGGUCUGGGUGAGGAGGUGAAGGUCCACACGUCUCCGGCCGGAGCAGAGAACAUCGCGGGGGAGGUGGAGGAGCUGCGGCUGGCCUGGCAGAGGCUCCGGCAGUGCCUGGUGGAGAUCCGGGAGGAGCUGCAGAGCUCUCUAGACUCUCAGAGCCGGUACCUGAUCCGCAGGGAGGAGCUGCAGGCCGGGAUCGCUCAGCUCAGGACGCUGGUGCAGAAACUGAGCCGGGAGCUGGAGCUCAGAGACGGGGAGCGCACCGAGGAGCACAUGGUGAAUCAGUGGAGGAGAUACACGGCCGUGAGGAACGCUCUGCUGGCGGAGGAGCCGCGGGUCGAGCAGCUCAAAGCUCAGCUGAAGGAGCUGUUCCGGUUCCCGCAGGACCGCCGAGAGCUGUCUGACGACGUCCUGUCUGCGGUUAAAGAGUACCAGAGUGUGAAGGGGCGAUCGUCUCGGUUGUCGUCGGAGAGUGAGACGGCUCUGAGGCAGGUUCUGCAGGAUCCUCUGCACGGGUUCAGUCAGUGGAGUCAGGCCGUGUCUCAGGUGCUGGAGGCGUCGGCUGAAGUGACGGAGUUCUCCCACAUCGCUCUGCUGGUGCAGAACAUCGAGAAGCUGCUGAAGCACAGUGUGCAGCUGCAGGAGAGGCUGAGUCCUCUGCAGAUGAAGGCGGAGCUGUUGACGGAUGUGUUCGGUCAGGAGAAAGCCUGCAGUCUGCUGGAGGAGCUCAGCGCUGAUAUGAAGAAGAGGGAGCUGCUCCAUAACCAGCUUCUGCAGAGGAAGAACCGCCUACAGGGCCUGAUCUCAAGGACGAAGGACUUCGGCGAUGCCUACGACUCCAUCCAGAAGAGGCUGAUCUCAAUAAAGGAGCGCUUUCUCGCAGCCGGAGGGCUCCAGCCCGACAUCCUGGCCAAGAAGAGCCAGGCUGACCAGCUGAAGGUGAUUAAGAGAGACCUGGAGGACAGCGAGGCUCACAUCACAGCUCUGGAGAUGCUGGUCUCGUCCAGCCCCACCAACCGGACCAGGUUCGAGCGGCUGUACGCGGACUGGAAGCUCCUGUAUAAAGCAGUGCGGGGCAAGGUAAAUGAAAGCGAGGAGAAUAUUUCUCAGCACGAGAGUUUUCAUGACAGUAUGCUUAAUAUGGAGAAAUGGCUGAUGAUCAUGAGGCAGAAGCUGGAGUCGUUCCGAGGGUCCAGCGGAGAAUGGAGCGUGGAGAACCGGCAGCACGAAGCAGAGAGGGCGCUGGGGGAGUUUCCUGAUAAGGAGCUGCAGCUGCACGAGACAGAAGGUCAGGGUCAGGCUGUUCUGGCUAAAACCUCUGAGGAGGGAAAAGUUCACAUUCAGAGAGACCUGAAGCGUCUCCGCGAGUCCUGGAUGUCCCUCCACUCGCUCAGUCUCAACCUCUACAGGCUUCUGAAUGAACACGGUGUCUCAGGGGGGCGGGACUCUUCCUCAUUCACACACCAAGCCUUCAGUGAGGGGGAUGGGUUCCUGGGGCUGGACCAAAGACGAGUGCUGACAGAAGGAGAUGGCUCUCUUAGGGGCAGCUCGUCCUCCAGCAGAGCCAGAGCAGAUGGUCAUCCAGCCCAGGAGCUCGGCCACUGGCCGUAUGAAGACUCCGGACUGGGCAGAGGGUCCGAGUUCGGGGCUGCUGGGAGAUUUGUGACGGGUUAUGAUGGUAGAGAUCAGAGAUCAGGUGAUGGGCAGUUCAGCCCUGGCAUCAAAAUCCGUUCAGAGCUGGGCGUGAAGGUGGAUGAGGUGGACUCGGGGUGUGUGGGUGGAGGUUUUGGAGGUCUGGAGCAGAAGGGGUUAAAAGGAGGAGGAGGAGGAUCUCGGAGUGGAGGCCGGACGAGAGAAUGGGUUGAGGAACACUCGUCUGGGGUCCAGGACGUGGAUGGACAGUUUGGUCUUCGCAUAAACAAGGCUCAGUAUUCAGGUGAUGAUCAAACUGCAGGAGCUGGAAUCAUCAGACCCUUCCAAACCUCCGAUUCUGGCGAAUUCCGGCAGAGACAGCCGUCUCCAUACAAACCUCCUACUACAGGAAGUGCAGCUCACGGAUCAGCGGACGUCACUGAGAAGAUCUCGGGGUUUAGAGAGCGUGGUGGGGACUGGCAGGCUCUGAGGCGAGAGUUCGAGGCCUGGCUGCGUAAGGAAAACGACACGCUCUCGUCCAUCUCCAACAACCAGAGAGUCUGGAGCUCCAAAGAGCUGAAGAAGAGGCAGAACGUACUGAAGGGCUUGCGGGCGGAGGUGUCCACAGGUCAGGUUCUGUUCCAGCAGCUGAUGGACUGGUGGAAGGCGGAUGCUGGGGUGGAGGAUAAGGAGGAGCUGAGGUACAGAUGGAUGCUCUACAAAUCCAAACUGAAGGAAGCAGAAGACCUGAAAGCUCCGCUCAAACGCAAGACUGAAGGAGUCCAGCAGGAGGAGCUCGUUCGCUCUAGAAAGGAGAAGACGUGCUGUGGGUUCCUGUACCGCGUGUGCCGCGUGGCUCUCCCUCUGCAGCUCCUGCUGCUGGCUCUGCUGCUGCUGGCCUUCCUGCUGCCCAUGAUGGACGAGGGCACCAGCUGCUCACUGUCCAACAACUUCGCCCGCUCCUUCAACAUCAUGCUGCGCUACCACGGCCCUCCGCCCACCUGAACACACACACACACGCUCCUACACACACUCCUACACACACAUACACGCUCCUACACACACUCACACACUCCUACACACUCCUACACACAGCUACACACACUCCUACACAGCACACUCCUGAGAAGAAGCUUUUCCCAGACUCCUUCCCACACAGACACUCCCACAUACAGACACACGAACCAGGGUAGCUGUGGAAUAUAAUAUAAUAUAGUUAUGUAAUAUAAUGAAUAAUUUUGAGAAGAUACAGGAGAAAACAAAAGCCUGAGGAGAUACACAGACCACCUCUCGCACUGCGCCCACCACCCAGAGCCACCCGGCGACUUCAGCUGCGCCGUUCACACUUCAGCGGCUGGCUGCAGCUUUUGUGUGUAUGUCUGUAAAAGAGAGAGAGAGUGUGUGUGUGUGUGUGUGUGUGUGUGUGUGUGUAAGAGAAAGUGUGUGUGGGUGGUUAGCUCUGACACUCGCAGCCUGUUCCACAUGACUCAAGCUUUUCUGCUGGGUUCCUGCGUUUGGAGAAGGCAGUGGAGUGCAGAAGCUCUUAAAGAGACGUCACUCCGCUCUGUUGUACAGUAGUGGCUUGUGUGUGUGUGUGUGUGUUCGCACUUGGCUUAAGUGAGGGACCUGCUUUAUUUUUUUCAAACCUGCGAAAAUUUUUCAGAAGGCAGUAUUUGCUGAAGUCGUAUUUUAACCCUUAUAUUUUAAGAAAAGCUAAAGAUUAUAAGUUUUAUAACACUUUUAGUAAAAAUCAUGUACGUAAUUUCUCUUCACUAAGCCCAUCAUGAUAAAGUAGUCUACAGUUAAAGGGAACAUAACGUCGCUGUCCAAUGAAAUACUUAAACACUUAUCUCCAUUUUUGUCGACUUUUAGGUUCCUAAAUCAUUUGAA